CUUUAACCGCGCCUAUCUGGGCAUCUGGCAUCCCGGCAGGUAAUUUUUUGGUCAUGGAGUGCAGUGUCGUGCUUCCGCUCCAGACCGGCGCCGGAGGAGCCGUCGUCGGGACCCGCCCGCGCGGCGGCGUCCCCGUGCAGGCGUUCUGGAGGGCUGACCGGCGGCGGCGGUUCGCGAGUGCCGUGGCGCCGGCGAGGUGUAGCAAGAUGUAUGUUCCGGGCUUUGGAGAAGGUUCGCCGGAGAGGAAGGCGGCGACUAACCUCCAGCACUUCUUCAACUACGUCGCCGUCAGGGUUGUGCUCGCACAGCUUGAGAGUUACAAUCGGGAAGCAUAUUAUGAGCUGAAGGAGUUCGUCAGCCGCACCUCUCUGAAUGACGCUGAAAUUUUCUGCAAAAAGCUGAUACGUGAGUCUCCAAGGCUGAAGGGACUAGCUAUGAGGAUUCUGGAGGUCCGAUCUGCUUAUGUUAAGAGGGAUUUCGAGUGGGACAACCUGAAGAAGUUGUCCUUCAAGAUGGUUGAUGAUUCUAAUACGAAGCUCAUGAGGGACUAUGUCCUGGAGGUCAGCCACAUCGAAGACGAAAACCAUAACAUCAAAUGAUUUUUCUUGAGCCUUGUUAUGGUAUUCCAUACAUAGAAGCCUUGUAUGUUUAAUUGUAUAUAAAUGUGUGUAAGUUAUGGAGCACUUGCUCAUCAAGUUAUGGAGCACUUGUUCAUCAAACUUUACUACUGUACAGAUACUACGCAUAGCGGAUCAGCAAGUGGCAUGCGUGUACAUUACUUGAAUAAAAGUCCGCACACAUGCACCAUGUUACA